AUGCAUGCGGAAAACCAACGAAUCCAACAAGAGAGCAAUCAAGCCAUCCAACAACUGUCCGAACAACUGAACCUCAUGGUCCAGUCCCAACCAGGAGCCUACCGGCCACCCAUCCCACACACGGCCUACUACAUGCCACACCAGGGUCCUGCCUACCAACCAACGGAGAUACCACCCCCAGCAUACCCACCUGUACCACCAUUCUACAUGUACCAAGCACCCCAGCAUGACCCAAAGGACGAUUUGAAAAAACAAAUUGAAGAACUCCAACGCAGACUCGCUGACAAAGAGAAUCAAAAUGGUGGCAACAGGAACAAACGCGGCCCCUUCCCACCACGGACCAAACGCCUCCACAAUAAUGACAACUAUUGUUGGACCCACGGACACGACCUGCCCAACACACAUACCAGUGCUACAUGCAAAUUCCCCAAACAAGGCCACCAAACUGAGCCGCCUGCCACCGCAUUCACAGCAACCGACCCACAUCAUAUCUACCUCACCAUUUACAAUUGCAAAGGCGACAUUGCCACGGACCAGACCGGAGCCUUCCCUGUCAAAUCCUCCAAAGGCAACCAAUACCUACUGGUCCUCUAUGCCUACGAUCCAAAUGCCAUAUCAGCGGAACCACUCAAGUCUCGUAAAGGCAGUGAGCUCCUCCGCGCAUUUCAAAACUUGACAGCACGACUUACUGCAAAAGGAUUUCGCCCCAGACUCCAAUGCCUUGACAAUGAAGCCUCCAACAAAAUGAAGAAACACUUGAAACUCCAAGACAUUGAUUUCCAACUGGUACCACCGCACAAUCACCGCAGAAAUGCCGCUGAACGCACGAUCCGUACCUUCAAGAAUCACUUCAUAGCAAUCCUUUGCUCCACGGACACUGACUUUCCAAUGACGCAAUGGGACGAACUCCUACCACAAGCUGAAUUGACCAUCAACCUCCUACGUGCCUCACGAAUCAAUCCCAAAUUAUCUGCUUGGGCCCAACUACAUGGGCACCUCGAUUUCAACCGCACCCCAAUGGCACCGUCAGGAACCAAAGUCAUCGUCUAUGAGACUCCCACCCAACGCAGCACAUGGGCACCACAUGGACUCAAUGGUUUUUACGUUGGACCAGCAAUCGAUCAUUACAGAUGCUACAGAUGCACCACACCUCACGGCACUACGUCAACUCGCCACCAUUUUACCCCCUGCACCACCUCCGAGGGUGCCAACGCGUCCUACCCCUGCCCCACUUCCGAGGGUGGUACCGAGCCCAUCAGUACCUAUACCGCAACCACUGGCACCACCACAGCCAAACAGCACUCCUGCCACACCUCCGAGGGUGCCCAUACGAGCUGCUCCCCAUCUGAAUACACCACCACGCCCCAGAAACAACCAGCCACCUCCAUGAGCCCACCAAUACAAUACACGCAACCGUCCACAUUUGAUCCAACAAGUUUGUGUCCGUACACCAACCUGGACGACGGGCACCCUACGGGCCCUCCUGCACAAUGA